CAACACCGCAAAGUUUUACGUUCUAGAAAUUCUAAAAUUAAAACAAAAAUCAGCUGUACGUAACCAAAAAGCGUUUGGAAAAGGUGUUAUCCAAAUUAAUAAUAUUAAAAUGGAAAAUGGUGAUAUAAAGCUUCAAUGCUACAAUAAAGGUUGUGGUCAAAAAUUUGAUUCCUCAAAAAAUACUGACGAUUCUUGUUUACAUCAUCCUGGAGAACCAUUCUUCCACGACGCCUAUAAGGGCUGGUCAUGUUGUAAUAAAAAAUGUACCGAUUUUACCGAAUUUUUAAAUAUAAAAGGAUGCACUCGGUCAAAACAUUCAAAUGUGAAGCCCCCGGAACCGGAAAAGCCUGUAAAACAAGAAGUAAAUGUGGACGAAGUUAUUGAAGUAAAGCCAAUUAUACCAACAGUGAAAGAAAGACCACCAUUUGAUUCGCCGAUGACUACUAUGAGACCUGAAAUUGCGACGUCCUUAAAGCAACAAGUUUUUAGUAUCGCAACAGAAACAGUCUCAGAAAAAAGUUCUGAUGAAAUAGCAAUAGGCACAACUUGUAAAAAUGGGGGUUGCAGUGUUUCAUAUGAAGGCCCUGACACUAACAAGUCACCAUGUGCUUACCAUCCAGGAGUACCAGUGUUUCAUGAAGGUUUAAAAUUUUGGUCUUGUUGCCAAAAACGAACAACUGAUUUUAAUGCGUUUUUGAGCCAAAUAGGAUGUACUCAAGGUGAACAUUUGUGGUUUAAGGAGGAUGAUGAUAAAAAAUCUGUUCAAUGUCGAUGGGACUACCACCAAACUGCAUCUCAUGUUGUUGUGUCAAUUUAUGCUAAACAAUAUUGUGUUCAGAAAAGUGUAAUCGAGCUCAGUCCAGUCAGACUUAAAGCAUGUUUAUUGUUUCCUGAACAGAACAAUACAACUUUUCAGUUUGACAUUGAAUUACGAGGGAUUGUUGAUGUUGAAAGUAGUCAAGUCUUUAUGUAUGGCACAAAAGUUGAAAUUAAACUAAAGAAAGCACAACCUGGAAGUUGGUCAAAAUUGGAUAUACCAAGAGUUACACCUUCAGAAGAAAAACCUAAACUUAGCGCAGCUGAUAUCGAAAUUACUUCCAGAGUUGAUGCGGUAGAUCUAGACGAUUUGUAAAUAUACAGGAAGCCUUUGAGCAAAUUUUGUACGUUAUAUUACUACUGAUAUGUACUUUGUAUGGACACCAGUUUUUAUUUUGAAAUAAAAUGGUUUUAAAAAUGAAAA